AUGGACCCUGACUCCGAGUAUUUGACCGCCUUUCGCACCCGUUUCGGAACUUUCCGCUGGAAAGUCCUCCCGUUCGGUCUGAAGGUAGGUCCCGCCUGGUUCCAGCAGUUUAUCAACGCGCAGCUUCACGAUCUCCUCGACCGGUGCGCCAGCGCCUACGCAGAUGACGUCCUGAUCUACUCGGAUAAAGAAGAAGACCACUGGAAAGACUGUCAAGAAGUGAUCUGGCGACUCCAUCAGGCCAACCUCCAGGGAGACAUCAAGAAGUCUAGAUUUAACGUGACCAAGGUUGACUACCUCGGCGUUCUGCUUGAAGCCGGUGUGGGCCUUAGUGUCGACCCUCGGAAAGUUCGAUCGAUACAAGACUGGAAGUUUGAAGACCUCCGAGACCGCACCGCGAUCCGAUCAUUCGUUGGCCUAUGCAACUUCAUCCGUGUUUUCUGCUACCACGCCUCCGGAGUGGCAGAACCCUUGAACCGGUUGCUUAAGAAGGAUGUUGCCUUUGUGAUGGGCCCGGAGCAACGCGAAGCAUUUGAUCAACUCAAGCGCCUGGCUAUCGAAGCCCCGGUCCUCGCCUUCUUUAGACCAGAACUGCCGACCCGACUGGAGACCGAUGCCUCCCGGAAUGCCACAGCUGGUGUUCUAUGGCAGGAACAGCCUGAUCAGACCUGGAAGCCCGUUGGAUUCUUCUCUAAGACCAUGACCCCGGCCGAGCGAGCCUACCCAAUCCAAGAUCGAGAGCUCCUCGCCGUCGUACAGAGUCUAGAGCACUUCUACCCAGAGCUCUUAGGCCAGAAGUUCGAUGUGAUCACCGAUCACGAAGCCUUAGUCCAUUUCUCUACGAAGCGCCUGCUCUCGGUACGACAGAUCAGAUGGUCCGACUUUCUCGCCCAGUUCGACAUCCGUUUCCUCUACCGCCCCGGUCGACUGAACGUAGUCGCCGAUGCCCUCUCCAGGAAGACAGCGGAGCUCCCUACCGUAAAGGCCCGGGAAGCCGAGGAACGCACGGUGACCCUGAUCCUCCGGAAAGGCUAG